AGCCACUUUGCUCAUCAGCCUGGUGGGGCGGCCGGACAACAUGCAGAUCUUUGUGAAGACGCUGACAGGCAAGACCAUCACCUUGGACGUGGAGGCUUCAGACACCAUCGACAACGUCAAGGCCAAGAUCCAGGACAAGGAGGGCAUUCCGCCUGACCAGCAGCGCUUGAUCUUCGCGGGAAAGCAGCUGGAGGAUGGCCGCACCUUGAGUGACUACAAUAUCCAGAAGGAAUCCACCCUCCACUUGGUGCUUCGUUUGCGUGGUGGCGUCAUCGAGCCCUCGCUGGCAGUGCUGGCCCGCAAGUUCAACUGCGAGAAGAUGGUGGGGCGUAGAGAAGUUUUUGGUUUGCCUUUGCGCGGUCUUAUCCUCAAUGCCGUGCCUCAAACUGGAAGUGGUGCCGGCAGAUUUGUCGCAAGUGCUAUGCGCGGCUGCACGCCAGGGCGGUCAACUGCCGGAAGAAGAAGUGCGGACACUCCAACCAGCUCCGCCCCAAGAAGAAGCUGAAGUAAGCCAAAUGAGCCGCGCGUAUCUGGUACGGAGA